AUGUCUAACUAUGAAGACCGUCUAAAGUCGACUUUGAAUGGAGUCGCGGGAAAACUCGGAUUGCAAAGUUAUCGAUUGAGAUAUCGUGAUGUUGACGAAACAAUUGAGAAUUACUUCGGAGUGUUAAUACCGGUAACACUAGUCGGAGAAAGCGACGAUAUACCGGUAUGCAGGGAUUUAAUCGUGAAAAUGCCGCCGGACAAACAGGAAUUAAGAGAUGCUGGCGUACUCGAAUACUUAUACGAUGUGGAAAUUUUUUUUUACACGACGAUUAUACCGCAUUAUAAGAAUUUGUCGAAGAAGAAUUUAAGCGAGUUAUUCCCCGAGUGCUACUAUUCUGAUACCUCCAAAUUUAACGAGGUGAUUGUUUUAAAAGACAUGUGUGAGGAUGGAUACCGGCGGCAUCACGGCAACAGAAGAGGCAGCGUCGAUCCGAACUUCUUGCUGAAGCCGUAUUCCUCAGUAUAUCCGCACGAAUUGAUGGUCGCUCUGAGGGGUUCUUUGAAGAACCACGUAGACAAAUUUAAGGAUACAAAACGUGGGAAGCUUUUCACUACGGUCGCUGCCAAUUUCGAUGAAAUUGUAAAUGAUAGUGUAUGUAAAGCGAAACGACUGGUAUAUGGGCAUGGUGAUUUUUGGAAAGAAAAUAUUUUGUACAAGUAUGAAGGUAACAAGCCCAUCAAAGCGUGCGUGUUGGAUUUUCAGACUAUUCGUCUCUUGUGCCCAGCUCAAGAUGUUGUCAGUUUCCUAUUUACCAGUACAGAAGCUGAAAAUAGGCGCCUGGAGAAGGAUGCAUUGCUGAAGAGCAAGCACAUUUGCGGAGAGGAAAGGGAUAACAAUGCAUCUAUAGAUUACUACAAGCGAACUAUUCUCGAAAUCGUAGACGAUUUUGUUACUUUUGGUUAUUUCAAAUCA